AUGGAUCCCCGUUACGCAUCGCUUUUCCUCUGCGUCUUUAUCCCCCUGUGCGCCUCGCACUCCGGCUCGAUCAGCCACCUGGUUCUGGAGCCUUAUGACUUCCUCUUCGACACUGCGGUGGAUGCCUACAAUAAGGGGGACUGGCUGACGGUCAUCCUGAACAUGGAGAAGGCGCUGCGCAACAAAGCGACGCUCCGCAGUGUGAAGGCGCAGUGCCGGAUCAACUGCGCAAACCAGACCGUGUUUGGUGACUCCCUGUCCGGAUCCGGAGGUGCAAUCCCCGGGGCCGGAUCUGUGGACGAUCUGGGCUUCUUCCAGAAAAUCCUGAAACGGGCUGACUGUGUGUAUUCUUGCGAGAUUGAGAAACUGGGGUCUCGUACUAUGCAUCUGGUGACUGCAGACGUGGAGCUGGAGUUCACCAAAAGAACCCCCUAUAACUACCUGCAGGUCGCCUACUUUAAGAUCAAUAAGCUGGAUAAAGCGGUGGCAGCUGCUCACACGUUCUUCGUGGCCAACCCGGAUCACGUGGAGAUGAAACAGAACCUGGAGUAUUACAAGAUGAUGGCCGGAGUCACGCAGGAGGACUUCAAAGACCUGGAGGCCAGACCACAUAUGGCCCAGUUCCUGCUGGGGAAGAGUUACUACAGCGACGACUCUUUCGGCCUGGCGGCGGAUCACUUCGAGGUGGCCGUGGACGAGUACUUCACUGCCGAUAAGGAGUGCAGAGUGCUGUGCGAGGGAACGUACAACUACGACGGAUACAACUACAUGGAGUACAGCGCCGACCUGUUCCAGACCAUGACAGACCACUACAUGCAGGUGCUGAACUGUAAGCAGAACUGUGCUGUAGAGCUGGCCUUGACGGCUGGAAAACUCAAACCCUUUGAGGACUUCCUGGCGGCGCAUUUCAACUACCUGCAGUUCUCCUACUACAACAGUGAGAAGUACGAGAAAGCCAUAGAGUGUGCUAAGACCUUCCUGUUGUUCAACCCUGAGGACACGGUGAUGAAGCAGAACCUGGCUUAUUACUCUGCUGUGCUGGGAGACGACAAGGCGGAACCCUUAUCAGCCCGACAGGUGGUGAAGCUGUACAUGCAGCAGUCCAUACUGGAGAAAGAGCUGCUCUACUUUGGAUAUGAAGCCUUCGGAAUCGCAUUUGUAGAUCCGGACACAUGGACUCCUGCAGAAGUCAUGCCCAAGAAACUGAGAGACAAGCAGAAAGCAGAAAAGGAGACUGCCGCGAGGAUCACAGAGGAAAUAGGAAACCUGAUGAAGGAGAUUGAGACUAUGGUUGAGGAGAAGAAGAAGGAUACCUCAGAGAUGGCCAUCAUAAUACCGCCGCACGAAGUUGGCGCUCCGUUGUUCGAUAACGUCAAGGUUACCAUGACGUCCCAGCAGCUGAACGGCUCUGAGCGGGUGCUGCUGGACGGCGUGAUCAGUGAGGACGAGUGCAGGGAGCUGCACCACCUCUCCAACACGGCUGCUCUGAAAGGAGACGGCAACAGGGGGAACCCCUCCCCUCACUCCCCCAGUGAGAUGUUCCAGGGAGUCACUGUGCUGAAGGCUGUGAAGCUGGGUCAGGAGGGGGCGGUGCCUCUGAAGAGCGCUCGGCUGUUCUUCGACGUCAGCCAGAGGGUGAAGAUGACGUUGGAGUCGUACUUCGGUCUGGACGCUCCGCUCUACUUCUCCUACUCACACCUGGUGUGUCGCUCCGCCAUCGCUGAGAAGCAGGAGGAGCGAGAGGACCUCAGUCACGCUGUCCAUGUGGACAACUGUCUGCUGGUCUCUGAGCUCAACGAGUGUGUGAAGGAACCUCCUGCAUACACACAUAGGGACUUCAGUGCCAUCCUUUAUCUAAACGACGACUUUGAGGGAGGAGAUUUCAUUUUCACCGAGUUGGAUGCGAAAACAGUCACGGCGGAGGUGCGUCCGCAGUGCGGCCGGGUGGUGGGCUUCGGGGCGGGGAAGGAGAACCCCCACGGAGUCCGAGCCGUCACUAAGGGUCAGAGGUGUGCCGUGGCGCUGUGGUUCACUCUGGAUCCAGUUCACCAGGAGAAGGAGAGGAUCCAAGCGGAGGAAAUGCUGAGGAUGUUUUCUACACCUGUUAAUGCUGAGUUCAUGCAAAAGGAGGUGAGCGAGACCCCCGAGCCCCAGCAGGCAACCCCAGCCCCCGCUGCACAGUUUUCUGCUGACCAGGGUUUCGUGGAAACAAAAUCAGACGAUAAACCAGCGGAGAAGGGACCGGACGCAGCAGCUGACUCUGAAACGGACAAAACAGAGACGAAACCGGUCAAAACUAAAACAGACACCAAGGCCAAAGCCGCUCCUAAAGCAAAGGCCAAAGCCGCUCCUAAAGCAAAGGCCAAAGCUGGAGACAAAGCAAAGACCAAGACGGCAAGCAAACCUGCCGCCAAAAAAGAUGGAAAACAAGUUAAAACACAAGCCAAGCCGGCGGUCAAAAAGGACGCCAAGCCGGCUGCGAAAAAGACAGUGAAAGCUGCCGCCAAAACAGACUCAGAAAAAGAUUCUGAGAGCGAUAAGCAGGAGCUGUGAUCGCUCUGCAGCUCGGACUGUCUGUGUGCUGUCUAUAUAUUUGAUAGGGCUUUUCUGCGGGUGGUUGAAAUGAAAACAGGGUGAAAGUUUGAAAAUAUUGUUCCACUGUCACUACAAUCAGUAUUUGACAAUCACUGAAACCAUCCUUGUUUUUAAUAAAUCCUUACAGAUGGUACAUUUUUACAUCUUCACGUGCAACCCUGAAUUCUCUCCAUGUUAUUUUAUUUGUCAUGUCGUGAUGUGAGGUAAAUAUGAGCGGACAUGAAUCCACUGUGUGAACAUCGAAUUAAAAGUGAUGUUUUUUUAAA